CAGGUGGCCUCCGUGCCCUCCGCGCACGAGCCUGCUGGUCCGCCUUUCAGGGCGCGCAAGGGGCAAGUCUGGUCCGGUAGCAGCACCCCAGGUCGGCUGGCCACUUGUUCCCGGUUCUGUGCCCCGUAAGCCCUCAAAGCCCUGGUGGGGGCAGUGACCAUGGUGUCUGGGCUGCGGCGCCGGGCGGGGCACGGCGGGACUUUUCAGGACCUUUCCUGGGGGGAGCCUCGCUUUCCCCGCCUCCAGCCUCCGCACGAAGGGCCGGGAGGGCGGGCGGAGCCCCGGUCCAGGCCUUGAGACCCAGAAGGGAGCGGCUGGUUUUGCUGCGCCAACGCAGUGACCGAAGGCUCCGCUCACGCCAGGCCUGAUCCUGCCUGAAGAUGGUCCCGCUGGUGGCGGUGGUGGCGGUGCCCCGUGCCCAGCUCUUUGCCUGCCUGCUCAGGCUGGGCACUCAGCAGGUCGGCCCCCUUCAGCUGCACACAGGGGCCAGCCACACAGCCAGGAAGCAUUAUGAGGUGCUGGUGCUGGGUGGGGGCAGUGGUGGGAUCACCAUGGCCGCCCGCAUGAAGAGGAAAGUGGGUGCAGAGAAUGUGGCCGUUGUUGAGCCCAGUGAGAGACAUUUCUACCAGCCAAUCUGGACACUGGUGGGUGCUGGUGCCAAACAACUGUCCUCCUCUGGCCGCCCCACCGCGAGUGUGAUUCCAUCUGGUGUAGAGUGGAUCAAAGCUAGAGUGGUUGAGUUGAACCUAGACAAGAACUGCAUUCACACAGACAACGGCAAGGAGAUCUCCUACCGAUAUCUUAUUAUUGCUCUCGGAAUCCAGCUGGACUAUGAGAAGAUUAAAGGCCUACCUGAAGGUUUUGCUCAUCCCAAAAUAGGGUCGAAUUAUUCAGUUAAGACCGUAGAGAAGACAUGGAAAGCUCUGCAGGAUUUCAAAGAGGGCAAUGCCGUCUUUACCUUCCCAAAUACUCCAGUGAAAUGUGCUGGAGCCCCUCAGAAGAUCAUGUAUUUAUCAGAAGCCUACUUCAGGAAGACAGGGAAGCGAUCCAAGGCCAAUAUCAUUUUCAACACUUCUCUUGGAGCCAUUUUCGGGGUUAAGAAGUAUGCAGAUGCCCUGCAGGAGAUCAUCCGGGAGCGAAACCUCACUGUUAACUACAAGCAAAACCUCAUUGAAGUCCGAGCCGAUAAACAGGAGGCUGUAUUUGAAAACCUGGACAAACCUGGAGAGACCCAAGUGAUUUCAUAUGAAAUGCUUCAUGUCACACCACCAAUGAGCCCACCAGACGUCCUCAAGACCAGUCCUGUGGCUGAUGCUGCUGGCUGGGUGGAUGUGGAUAAAGAAACUCUGCAACACAAGAGGUACCCAAACGUGUUUGGGAUUGGGGACUGCACCAACCUUCCUACGUCCAAGACUGCUGCUGCAGUAGCUGCCCAGUCAGGAAUACUUGAUAGAACAAUUUCUCUGAUUAUGAAGAAUCAAACACCAACAAAGAAGUAUGAUGGCUACACAUCAUGUCCACUGGUGACCGGCUACAACCGUGUGAUUCUUGCUGAGUUUGACUACAAAGCGGAGCCGCUAGAAACCUUCCCUGUUGAUCAAAGCAAAGAGCGCCUUUCCAUGUACCUCAUGAAAGCUGACCUGAUGCCUCUUCUGUAUUGGAAUAUGAUGCUAAGGGGUUACUGGGGAGGACCAGCGUUUCUGCGCAAGUUGUUUCAUCUGGGUAUGAGUUAAGGAUGGCUCAGCACUUGCUCAUCUUGGAUGGCUUCUGGGCCAAGACUGCAGUCACUGAAUGACCAAGAGCAGCAUGAGGACUUGGAACCUAUCCCUGUAAAGAGAUUCUUGAUGGAUAAUGGUGACCAAAUACCUCCCUUUCCAGUACCUUUGAACAGCCACCAUGUGGGCUGCUCAUGAUGGGUUCGAUUCUUUGGGAAUAAUAAAAUGAAAGAAUAGACUUUUAUUUUCUGAAUAAGAGUUUGUCACUGA